AUGAGAAAUAGAAAAUAUGGCGGAGACGACGAAAGUGACGCAGAAAUGCUGAAGUAUCCAUCUCCGUCUGGGAUUCGCGAAAUCACAAAGAUCAUCCCUUCAAUAUGGUUAGACGAAAGGACACCUGAAUCGUGGAGACACGCUAUCAUAAUUCCCCUCCACAAGAAGUUAUCUGUCACGGACCCUCGGAAUUAUCGAGGAGUCUCCUUGUUGCGUGUUAUGUACAAGGUUUUGGAGCGGAUUAUCCCGAACCGACUUAUUAAUUAUCGCGAAGGAACAACGCGCGACGAGCAAGCUGACUUUCGUCCUGGCUGA